GGGUGGUGCAAUUACACGCAGCGGCUUCUGUCAACUAACUGCCUGUUUCUACAUAAACAAACAUCAGCCUGGGGAUGGACAAAGUUCCUUAGAUCACCAUUUGACCACCACCUUAGAUCACCAUCCGAUAAUAUUUUAUUACGUUGAUUUAUAUUUAUUAAGCGCUUAAUGAAAGUUCUUUAGCGUUAGCCAACGGGAUUCUGUAAACUUUUCCUGCGGUACACACUGUCAAACUGUGGAUUUACAGAUAGCCAGUCGAGCUAGCUGGCUAAGCCUUCCAGUGGAUUUCCUGAUCAAAUUCGACAGCGUUCAUAUCUUGUAAAUGGGGAACAGCGCGCUCAAAGCUCAUUUGGAAACAUCUCAGAAGACCGGAGUCUUUCAGCUGACCGGAAAGGGUUUGACGGAGUUCCCAGAGGAGCUGCAGAAACUCACCGCAAACCUACGGACAGUUGAUCUGUCCGGCAACAAAAUCGAGGUGCUUCCAGCAUUCAUAGGAGGCUUCCAACAACUCAAGAGUCUUACCAUAAGCAGCAAUAAACUUAGCAGUCUACCAAAUGACAUUGGGAAACUCAAGAAGCUGGAGACACUUAUUUUAAAUGGGAACCAGUUGAAGCAGCUUCCUUCAUCGCUGGGUCAACUGAAGUCUUUGCGCACCUUAAGCCUGUCUGGGAAUCACUUCAAGGAGUUUCCUAAUGGACUCGGCACCCUUCGCCAGCUUGAUGUUCUGGACCUGUCCAAGAAUAAGAUCCAGGUGGUUCCUGCAGAGGUGGCCGAACUGCAAGCCAUUGAAAUCAACCUCAAUCAGAAUCAGAUUUCAACCCUGUCUCCAGAGGUGUCUCGUGCUCCCAGACUGAAGGUGUUACGGCUGGAGGAGAACUGUCUGGAGCUCUCCUCUAUCCCUAUCUCCAUCCUCACAGACUCCCAGGUGUCCCUGCUGUCGGUGGAGGGCAACCUGUUUGAAGUUAAAAAGUUGCGUGACCUAGAAGGCUAUGAUAAAUACAUGGAACGUUUCACCGCAACCAAGAAGAAAUUUGCCUGAACAGUCAGAGGCUUCCUGCACCUGUCCUCUGCGCUGGGCUUACCGUAGAGAGGUUUCAGCUGGGACCGCUUGUGUAAACGGCAAGACGGAAACAGAAAAGUGCUCAAGACUGCUUCACAACUUGGUAGAACGACGGCUCAGAAACCCCAGCCCUGCUGCUCAUUACAUUACAGUACAAACAGCACUGUAUGGACCUUGCAUUACUCUUUCUUUGCAAAGAUUUUAUAAACCAACAUACAAUGCAGACUCAGCUUCAUGAGGACAUUUACACUGGAGAAUGGUUUAUUGUAUACUCAAGUGCACUAAUGCCACAUCUGUUUAGAAGGUCAGUCCUACAGAAAGGCUGGUAUAACGACUAACUAAUAUAUUGUAUGUCCUGUACCCUUAUAGUAAGUUCUAUUGCUAUUCAUUUACUUUAAAGCAUUAGAACAGACCUUGCAUCCUCACAUCUGUUCUCUUCUUCCUGUGUCUGUUAUUCUUUGAUUUGAACAUUGUUUUGGGCUUCAAUGAGGUUUUAUCUGUUUAACAGUAUUUUGAUUGAACUGUGAUCUCAAAACUUCCGUUAAAGAAUAUUUGCUGUGAUAUUUAUGAAGUAGCCAUUUUUUUCUUACAACAAA